UCGUAUUUGAAAACAUGGAUCCGAACAAAGUGGAUGAAGCAUCGGGCAAAAUGAGUGGUGAUGGAGACAUUUCGUCAGUUAUGGGAUUCUCUGGGUUUGGUAAGAAAGCCCGCACAUUUGACCUGGAUGCCAUUUUUGAACAGACGCGACGAACAGCCAUUGAGAGGAGUCAGCAUGUAUUAGACGAGAGACAGAAGGAAAUUCAGAUGGAGGAGAAGGGAGAGAGCUCCAAGUCUGUCAAGUCAUCUGUCCAAACUCAGAGAGACAAAGCUGCAGCUGCUGCUUACAGAAAACAGGAGAGUGACAGCAGCAGUGACAGUGACUCAGACUCAGAGCCUAUUGGGCCUCCAUUGCCUCUUCAGCAUGCAGCCCAGGAGGAUGAUGAGCUUGUGGGACCACCUCUUCCGCCAGGUUACACAGGCAGUAUGGCUCACAGUGAUGAUGAUGAUGAUGGGGAGGCACAAGAUGAUGAUGAUAACAAUCCAGUGAAGAAGAUUCCAGACACUCAUGAGAUUACUCUGCAGCACGGCACCAAGACUGUGUCAGCUCUUGGCUUAGACCCCUCUGGAGCCCGUCUGGUGACUGGUGGAUAUGAUUAUGAUGUUCGUUUCUGGGAUUUUGCUGGGAUGGACCAGGCUCUGCAGGCAUUCAGGUCCCUGCAGCCCUGUGAGUGCCAUCAGAUCAAGUCCCUGCAGUACAGCAUCACUGGUGAUGUUAUCCUGGUGGUUUCUGGUAACGCACAGGCCAAGGUGUUGGACCGUGAUGGCUUCAAUGUCAUGGAGUGUGUGAAGGGAGACCAGUACAUUGUUGAUAUGGCUAACACCAAGGGCCACACAGCUAUGCUGAAUUGUGGCUGCUGGCAUCCCAAGAUUAAAGAAGAGUUCAUGACCUGCUCCAAUGACGGCACUGUACGCACAUGGGACUUGAACUCAGAGAAGAAGCACAAGUCUGUGUUCAAACCCCGCUCACACCAGGGGAAGAAAGUCAUACCCACAUGCUGCACCUACAGCCGUGAUGGGAAGCUCAUUGCAGCAGGUUGCCAAGAUGGCACCAUCCAGAUCUGGGACAGAAACCUCAGCGUUCAUACAAAGUUCCACUGUCGGCAAGCACACAUGCCAGGCUCAGACACCUCUUGCCUGUCCUUCUCCUAUGAUGGCAUGACUCUCGCUUCACGUGGAGGUGAUGACACUCUGAAGACGUGGGACAUCCGCAACUUCAGGAAGCCUGUGAAUGUUGCUACUGGAUUAACCAACUACUUUGCCAUGACGGACUGCUGUUUUAGCCCAGACGACAAGCUUCUUGUAACCGGGACGUCGGUGAAGAAAGAUGAGGGAAAUGGGAAGCUGGUUUUCUUUGACCGAGCUUCCUUUCAGAGAGUCUAUGAAAUAGAAGUCACCAAUGCAAGUGUUGUCCGCUGCCUGUGGCACCCAAAACUCAACCAGAUAAUGGUUGGAACUGGGAACGGACUGGCCAAGGUCUACUAUGAUCCUGUAAAAAGCCACAGAGGGGCUAAGCUGUGUGUAGUGAAGAGCAAGCGGAAAGAGAAACAAGCGGAGUCGCUAACACAAGAUUACAUCAUCACACCUCAUGCCUUACCCAUGUUCAGAGAGGCCCGACAGCGGAGUACACGAAAGCAGCUGGAGAAGGACAGACUUGACCCUAAGAAGUCCCACAAACCCGAGCCUCCUGUGUCAGGACCAGGUCGUGGAGGCAGAGUAGCAGCUCAUGGUGGGACUCUGUCUUCAUUCAUCGUGAAGAACAUUGCUUUAGAUAAAACAGAUGACAGUAACCCACGAGAAGCCAUCCUACGUCACGCCAAGGAGGCGACAGAGAACCCUUACUGGGUUGCCCCAGCAUACAAACAGACUCAACCAGAGCCCUUGUUUGCAGAGGAAUCGGAGGAGGAUGAGGAAGCUGACAAGGAACCAGAGUGGAAGAAACGCAAGAUCUGAGAGGCUUCAACGGCAGCUCAUUUUAUAUAGGUUAGUUGACAGGGUGGGCUUGUGGUUGGAUGUACAGCACCAUAACCAAGAGGUCGCAUGAUCAAUCCCAGACUAUUGAGUUAGUGUCAGAAACUCUGCAUAAGACCAUCAGUUAAAUUACUAAAUUGUUCAGUCUCUGUCUUCCCACCUGGAAUUCAUUUAAGUGUAGCUGUAUUUAUAUACACGCUUCUGUGGCAAAGCACCUAAAUGUGCUGGCAUUUUAACUGUGCAAGUAUACUAUAAAUUUAUAUAGAUUUAGUUUCCUCUCAUUGCAAUUCAUCAACCACUGGAAGAAUUUGGAUUUUUAUGUCUGUUUUGAUAGGAAUGUCUUUAUUUUAAUCAUUUCUAUUGUCCUCUUAUCCCAGACCUCCAGAGUUUGCUAAUGCCUCAUAAAUGGGCUCCAGAUUUUGCGGUCUGGUUCUGUUCAUCAACUAUGAAGAAUAGUUUGCCAGUUUGUAAAAAGUAAAUUGCAAAGAAAUACAAAUAUUUCAGACAGUUUUACUGGGAUAUUUUUAAGGGUUUACAGCUUUAUUGGAUGUGAUAUACAGAACUUCACCCAGUUAUCUGCUAAUUUAGAUUUUUUUUUUCCUACAUUCUGUAUUCCACUUUUAGAGUGACAUAAAAGAAUUUGUAUUCUCUUGUCAAACAGUGAUAAAUUUUAUCCAAAGUUAAGUCUGGAGUGACAGAUCUGUUUUUACCUGCUGAUCAAAGGAAUUCCUCUGCCAAAUAUCUUUUUGUUUAAGGCACUAUCUCAAACCUGCAGAACACCCAGAGCAGGUGUUUUGACUCACUGCUUUAAAUCAAGUAUUUACAGGCUGCUUUUUGCACAGAUGUUAACACUGACGAAUCGAGGUUUGUUUAGAAUUUAAUUCUGUUUGAAUUCUGUUUCAAAAUAUAUGUCAGAUAGGUCAUCUAUCUGACUGUUUCUAUAUUUUUCAACCACAUCUCAGUCUUGCUCAGCAAAUUGCAAAGAUUACAAGUCUACAACUAUGCAUUCUGCAUUUGUUGCAUUGUCUUUGCAAAAAUAAUAAUACAGUUAAUAAUAAUAAUCUUGAAUUGACCUGUACAGUGUCAAUAAAUAUUUCAACUGACAGGGAAAACCACGGCAUACA